AUGUGUGUUGAAAACAUGCAAAACUGUGAUGAGAAUUAUUUGGAUAAAAUUCGUAUGUUUCUAGUAAUUGCUGCUUACAAUGACAUAAAAAUUAAAUCUAAUUUUACUAUUCACAAUUGCCUACAGAUCGUAGAUGAAUUAAAGAUUGAAGAUGAAGAAAAGAUUAUUUUAUUAAAUAACAUAUCUGUACUUCUUACAAUCACACAAGAUUCUCAUCUAAAUGACAUUUAUACCAUCUUGAAUAAUGUAUCUGAAAGUGAAGUAAAUCAAUUACAAAAGCUUAAAAUUGUUUAUGCGAUAGUUGCUUCCAUUCAACCAGAAAUGCAUUUGGACACAGACCUACAAACAUCUGUAAUGAAUUUAUGUGCAAAAAUAAUGCUUCAAGUAACAUCUAAGCCUUUACGAUCAAUACUAAUAAUUAUUUGUGAAAAACUUGUAGCUUUGUCAGGAGAUACAUCAUUCAUCUUACCGCUCUGGGAAAAUUUAAAACAAGAUUGUAACAACGAUGAUAAAUUGUCAGUUUCUUUGGAUAUAAUGUGUAAUCUUUCUAAUUUAUAUUUAUUAUCAGAACACAAUGUGUUUAAUUCAAUUAUUAAUGAUCAUUUGUACUGGAAAUUUUUGAAUUAUGGCAUAAGAUUGUCACAUAACUUGUAUCGUAAACAGUCAAUGUAUCUGCUAAAAAGGACCAUUGAUAUUUGUAUUGUAUCAAAUAAACAAAUAUCUGUACCAGAAUCUUUAAAAUCUUUGUUUUAUUGGAAUGAUGAAAAUCAACAUGAUCUAGAGCAAAAUUGGUUAACAUAUUUUUUAAUAAUGGACUCCUUGGAUGAAAAAUCAUCUCAUAUAGUUAUGCCAGCAAUGAAACUAAUUUAUUCAUUGAAAAGUAUUCCAGAUUUAUGGAUGGAUGCACUAAUAUGUGAAAUAUUAAAUCAUGAUACAGAUGUUGUAAAACGAUAUGGUAUUAUAUAUGCAGUUAAAUUUUUAACUGCAAAUUGCAGUUACAAUUUGGAAUCACAUAAUUUAAUUCAGCAAUUUUUAGCAGCUAUAAAUAAUACAAAAAUGUAUAAUGAACAGAACGAUAAGCAUGAAGAUAUAUUUCCAUAUUUGAUAGAAUUUUUCCAAAAUACUGGAAGCAAAAUAUUAAUACCUGUUACUUCCAUUAAUUGGGCUCCUGUACCUUUUUUUUAUAUAUCAUAUGCACUGGCAAAAAGUGAACCUUAUGAUAAUUUUGUUUUGGAACCUGAAACAUUCCUUUCUUUAUUCCAGAAAGUUAUGAGAGCUAAAAUUAUGAUUCAUAUAUUCCAAGAACUAGAUUCAGUGACUCGAGGAACACAGAUGUGGACCAUUCUUGAGGCUUUUGCUACAAAAUUACAUUCACAAAAUUAUAAUAUUUAUCACAUGUUAACAGAUUCUUUAACACCUGAAUUUUCUGUGAAGCAGAUAAUUUACUUCUUAAUUCUUGGCCUAGAUGCACUACUUUGCCAUAGAAAUAUUUCUAAUGAAGACUGUAAAAGUUGUGAUAUUGCAAGGAGUGGUAAAAUUGCAUCAAAUUAUCAUAAAAACUUCUGCAAUAUUUUGUGCAAAUAUCUAAGAGUUACAAAUGCCUCCAAUGAUGAAAAUCUCCUAAAUUAUGUUGAAGACGUACUAGAUUUUGGAGGGCAUGAUGUUGUUCUGGAUGCAAUGAAAGUAUUGAAAAAUAUUGUUCUUUAUAAAAAUUUACAAGCUGAACAUAUAGAAAAGAUAGUCAAUAGGUGUUGGAUUGAAUCAAUGAAUUUGAAAAAAUCUGAUUUAUUUUUACCAUGCAUGCAAGCUUUUAUUGAUAUGCUCAUUCAACCUGGUGGUAUUGAUAAUAAAAUAGUACCUGUAAUUGCUCAGGAAUAUUACCUACGAAUUAUUGAAAUUGGUAACACAAUUCAAGGUUUAACUAACAUAGUAGUCGAAAAAGUUUUCUUUAAUACUGAUUUAAAUGACUAUUACAAUUUUAAUGAAUUUUUAAUUUAUGGAUUGCUGUUUGGAAAUACAUCAAGACGAGACCAAAGAAUUGAGAAUCAUGUUUGUCAGAUUAUAAAAAAUAAUGAAAAUGUUGAAAAUCAUUCAUUGAAUUCAAGUGUAGUAGUUCGAGCUUGGUCUAUAAUUUCAGUAUUAAAAAUAUUACUUAAAUCAAGAAGCAGCGAAGGCAGUAACUUAAAUAAUAGUGGUAAAUUGUUUCUCAACUAUAUAACAGAUGCAUUGAUUCAAAAAUCUGUGAUUGAAGACAAAAGUAAGCCUAGAUAUUUUUCAGAUUCUAAACAUCACAGAUUUAAACAAAGAGUUUUGCAAACGUUACUGAUUCUUCAACCAUUUUGGGAUAUUGAAAAAAAUAAAGAAGUUUUAAUUUGGGCUAAUGAGAAUUUGAUCAAUUUUGUUCAUCAGCCUAGUGUGAGAUACCAAUUGGAAUGGUUAUCAGCACGAAUAAUUGCAAGUGAAAUGGUUUUAAUAGACCAUAUAUGGACAUCCAUAGAUAAGGUAGUGGAUGUGCGGAUUGGAGCAAUGACUUCUUUUAUAACAAUUAUAUAUUUGCUAGUUCAACAAGUUUAUGCAAAUGAACAAUCUCAAAAGAUUGAUUUUAUUCAGAUGUCACUUUCUAAAAUUAUGCCUUGGACAAUGGGUCAACACUUCAAUUUACGUCUUUAUGCUCAAGUUGUUGCUAAAAAGUUGAUGCUUUUAAGAGACUGCACAGAUCUCAAAUCAUCAGAUGUAAUAUGUGGAAGCUUAUCAACUAUUUUGUCUUAUGGAAAUGCUGCUAAAUUUGUUAAAAAAGUUGAAGAGGACAUAUUUUUAACAGAUUUUAAUAUAAUGAAGCACUUAUCAUUAGAAAUAAUUUUCUAUGUUCUUCCAAAACUAACAAACUACACUUAUGAGGAUAUCAUUCAUCCUAGUCUAUUUACAAAAUUAUGUUCUUCGGAUAACUAUGAACAUGAAAAUGUUAUUAGUUUAUACAAUAGGGGUUCCUCCUUAGAUCAAGCUCAAUUUAGCGCUUGGGGUGUAAAUUUGCAAAGUAUGGAAAAAUCUUCAGAAGAAUUAGAGCAUGAAGCUGAUCUAAACAUUCAGCAAAAAAUUACACCAUGGAGAUCAAUGGAUGUAGUGGAAUCUGGUGAUAAACUAUAUGGAGAAAAUGUUUCAAAAUCAAGUCUGAUAGUAGUGGCUUCUCUUAUUAACUUAGCUCCAAAUUUAGGUGGAUUAGCCAGGACCUGCGAAGUUUUUGGAGUGGAAGAAUAUGCCAUAGAUAAUUUACAAAUUAUGAAAGAUAAACAAUUUCUGAGUCUUAGCAUGUCAUCUGAAAAAUGGCUCAAUAUUGUUGAGGUAAAGUUAUGGGAAAUAUCAGAAUAUAUUAUGAAAAAAAGAUCAGAAGGAUAUACAAUUAUUGGAGCGGAACAAACAGCCAAGAGCCAUUGCCUCACAAAUACUGUACUGCCUUAUAAAUGCUUAUUACUUCUAGGAAAUGAAAAAGAAGGUGUACCUGCUAAUUUAUUACCGCUACUGGAUAUGAGUAUUGAAAUUCCACAAAAGGGCUUGAUUAGAUCGUUGAAUGUUCAUGUUACAGGAGCUGUAUUUGUAUGGGAAUAUGCUAAACAACAUUUAUUUAAUGAAAUUUCAAUUGAGACAUAGAAUUUCAGUAAAAAAUAAUAGAUUAGCUGUUUUUAAUGAAUUAAACAAUUU